GGGCACAGAGCGCGGGGAGGGAGAGGAGGGCUGCGAUCACCCCCUUUUAAAUGUUGGGGAGGGGGACGGAGCCCGUUGGGAGGGCACAGACCCCGGGGGGGGGCGGGGACCCCCUGGGAGGGUGAUGGGACCCCCGAGGGGGGUUUGGAGACCCAGAGGGGGCUUUUGUGAUCCCGUGGUCGGGUUUAGAGACCCCAAAGGAACUUUUAGGUACCCCAUGGGAGGAUGCUGGGACCCCAUGGCGGGUUUAGGGACCCCAGAGGUGGUUUUAGGGACCCCAGAGGUGGUUUUAGGGACUCCAGGGGGGGGUUUAGGGACCCCAAGAGAAUUUUUAGGGACCCCGUGGCAGGAUGCAGAGACCUCAGAGGGGAGUGCAGGGACCCCACGGGGCGGUUUUAGGGACCCCACAGGGAUUUUAGGGACCCCAUGGGAGGACGGUGGGAUCCCAGAAGGGAAUUUAGGGACCCCCUGGGUGGUUUUAGGGACCGCUUAGGAGGUUUAGGGACCCUAUGGAGGGUUUUAGGGACCCUGUGGGGGGUUUUAGGGACCCCAAGAGAAUUUUUAGGGACCUCAUGGCAGGAUACAGAGACCUCAGAGGGGGGUGCAGAGACCCCAUAGGGAGUUUAGGGACCCCAUGGGAGGAUGGCGGGAUCCCAGAGGGGAAUUUAGGGACCCCAUGGGGGGUUUAGGGACCCCAAGGGAAUUUUAGGGGCCCCAUGGGGGGUUCAGGGCCCCCACAGGUGGUUUUAGGGACCCCGAGAGAAUUUUUAGGGCCCCCCCUGGGCUGACCCAGAGCCCUCGGGGGGGUCAGAGGGGACCCCCAGCCCCCCAGAGCCGCGGGGUGCAGUGACCCCCCUGGGGGACGGGGGGUCCCCUCCGUGUCCCGCAGGCGCGGGGGGUCCCAUGGCAGAGCGGGAUUCCCAGGAUCCGCGGGAUUCCCAGGAUCCGCGGGAUUCCCCGCUGGAGCGGGGCUGGCUCCUGUCGCCCCCCGGCCGCCCCUACCUGGAGUCGCUGCUGCAGCGGAACCGGCGGCGGGUGUUCGGGCUGCUGGAGCGGCCGGCGCUGCCGCCCCCCCUGGCCGUGCCCACCCUGCCCUACAAACUGUUCCUGGUGGGAAGAAGCGGCGUCGGGAAAACCGCCCUGGUGGCAGCGCUGGCCGGGACCCCCCGGACCCCCCGGGGCCCCGGGACCGCCGCGACCCCCGCGCACCACGAGACCCUCGGGAUCGAGGCCACCACGGUGUUCUGGCCGGCCCAGCCCCAGGGCAGCGCCCGGCCCGUCCUCUUCCAGCUGCACUUCUGGGACUGCGGGGACGGAGCCCUGAGGAAGUUCGAGCACCUGCUGCCCGCCUGUCGGGAGGAGCUGGACGCCGUCCUGGUGCUGUUCUCCUUCACCGACCGCGCGUCCUUCGAGGAGCUGCCGGCGCAGCUGAGCCGCCUCGCGGGGCACGGGCUCGUCACCGUGGUCGUGGGCACCAAGUCCGACCUGUCCCCGCACGCGGCCGUCACCGAGCGGGACGUGCGGGCUCUCGAGGCCGCGCGGGGGCUGCGGGUGCUGCGCGCGGGGGCGGCCCCGGGGGCGGCGCGGGCCGGGCUGGCCCGGGCGGCCCCGAUCCUCGAUUCCCUGGCGGAGCAGCUCUGGAAAAGGGACCAGGUCGCCGCCGGGGUGACCCGGGGGGAGGAGGGGACCCCCCCCAGCUGAACCCCCUGUCAGGGGGCGGCUCCGGGGGGAGGCGGGAGGGGGAAAAGUGCUUUUGGACUAAAAUCUGUGUUUUCUAUGAAAAAUA